AUGUAUGUAUCCAUCCAUCUAUCUAUCCAUCUAUCUAUUCAUCCAUCCAUCCAUCCAUCUAUCUAUCUAUCUAGCCAGGUCUGUUCAUUUACCAUCUAUCUAUCUAUCUAUCUAUCUAUCUAUCUAUCUAUCUAUCUAGUUCUGUUCAUUUACUAUCUAUCUAUCUAUGUCUGUUCAUUUACUAUCUAUCUAUCUAUCUAUCUAUCUAUCUAUCUAUCUAUCUAUCUAUCUAGUUCUGUUCAUUUACUAUCUAUCUAUCUAUGUAUGUAUGUAUGUAUCUAUCUAUCUAUCUAUCUAGCCAGGUCUGUUCAUUUUAUCUAUCAUCUAUCUAUCCAUCUAUCUAUCUACAUCUAUCUAUCUAUCUAUCUAUCUAUCCAGGUCUGUUCAUUUUACUAUCUAUCUAUCUAUCUAUCUAUCUAUCUAUCUAUCUAUCUAUCUAUCUAUCCAGGUCUGUUCAUUUUCUAUCUAUCUAUCUAUCUAUCUAUCUAUCUAUCUAUCUAUCUAUCUAUCUAUCUAUCUAAUCUUAUUUCUCGGUCCAGUUUUUCUAUCAAUCUAUCUAAAGCUACUUUUUUCUUUCUUUCUUUCUUUCUUUCUUUCUUUCUUUCUUUCUUUCUUUCUCAGUCAAUUCGUAACACCCUAUAUAUCGCCCUCAAUAUAGUUUCUCUCUCCCCAUCUAUCUAUCUAUCUAUCUAUCUAUCUAUCUAUCUAUCUAUCUAUCUAUCUAUCUAUAAAAUUCUGUGGCGUCUGUCACACCCUCUACAUUAG